AUGGAGGACGGAGCAUGCACUAUCGAGGCGGUGAGAGGAAACUCCAGCGGCGCUAACGAAGCGGGCCUGGAGGUCCUCGUCGCCGCCCAGCCACCCGCCAGCGUGCGAGGAAUCGACGAGUGCCACGCACGACCCCGACCGCACCGCGUGCUAACCGGCAUGGCAGCGCAUCGGAAGCUGAAGAAUCUCCUCCUCCUCCUCUUCCUCCUCGGGUCCGUCUUCCUCCUCUUCCUCCUGACCCGGCCGGAUCCCUCCGUCCCUGUCUUCCAGGCCGUGAGGCCAUUCCGCGGACUUCAGGUCGAGGAAGUGGACGCGCAUUCCCUCGAACCGCCUCGGCCGUCGACCGAAAUUCCCCCGGAUCCUCCCGCGGAGGACAUAGACACGAGAACGGCGAGAAGGAGAGAGCGGAUAGCAGAAACAUGUCGGAGGCAUGACCUCGGGAAGCACAAGCGGAGACCCGGACUUCCCGAUCGGACGAGGGAGCCGCCGUUCCCCAACUUCCACAUCUUCUACUUCUACCCGAAGGAGCGCUUGGCCUACUGCCCCAUCUACAAGGCCGGAUCGACGACGUGGCUGUGGUUCAUGUGUCAGUUGGCCGGGGUAUCCAAUGCCACUUUGCGGUCCAGGCAGAUAUCUGAAGUCGCCAGGGACACUUUCCCUGAAGUCCUCCUGCCCUGGAAUGCUCGCAGAUUGAUGGAGAAGUCGUGGAGCGUGAUGAUCGUGAGGCACCCAUUCGAGAGAAUCCUCUCUGCCUACCGGGACAAACUGGAGAACAGUUCCAUCGGGCACGAGCACGGGACCUUGUUCUACUACGAACGCUUCGGGAAGAAUAUCGUUAAGCGUUUCCGUCGCGAAAACGUGACCCACCCGGAGCCAACGUUCGCGGAAUUCGUCGAGUACCUCACUCGUACCGACCUCCUCCUCUACUCGGACGAGCACUGGGUCCCCUACUACAUCCAGUGCACCCCGUGCCUCCUCGACUUCACCUUCGUCAUCAAGUUGGAAACCUUCCAGGAGGACAUGGCUGGAUUCCUCCGGAAGACGGGCCUGGACUACGAGGACGUUCCACGGAAGCACGUUACGUCGACAGGACCUACCGGGGACGUGGCACGGAAGUAUUUCUCAACCCUCUCCAGGGAUCUUAUGCUCAGGCUCUACGAGACUUAUCGGAUCGACCUCGAGAUGUUCGAGUAUUCCGUUCAGCCUUACCUUCAACUCUUUCCUGACCUUACCUCUUCGUGAUCGUAGGAAACGGUGCUGUGAUAAGAAUCGAAACGACGGGAGGAUGCGUUCAUUAUUCCCGUCCUUAAAAUCCCGCUCAGCGAAAACUUUUACGUUAUGCGAAAUGAAACUUUUUACCCCCAAAUUGGCGAGCUUUUCAGUGAUAUGAAGAGGAAAGAGACCGAGCAGAAUUCAGUCAGAUUCUCCU